AUGCUGCUUACUGAAAAAGCCCUUCUUCUAGGAUAUUGGCUUGCUUUCCCUCUGUUGGCUGAGGGUAAGCGGGAGCUUUUUGCAAAUUCUUUGGUCACAUGUAUGGAAAACUCUCAAAUAGAACCAACUUACUUCAAUGUGGUUUUCAGCGCAGAUGAUGAUGGAGGCUCUGUGAAGUACGAUAUAUCCUUAACCUCCGAGAUAUCUGGUGAAGUCUAUGCCAAGGUUCUGGCUUAUGCUUAUGGUAUUGAGGUCGUCGAAAAGAGUGUUGAUUUUUGUUCCAUUGGAUGGAAACAAUUUUGCCCAAUGUAUCCCGGUUCGUUGGAAGUUAACUCGAUUCAAUAUCUAUCCAGUGAUUUCACCAAUAUGGUUCCGAAAAUUGCCUACACAUUUCCUGACAUCGACGCUCUUGUUAGGGUGAUCAUUCUGGACAGUAAUGAUACCCAAGUUGGAUGUAUUCAGGCUAGCUUCUCAAAUAAAAAGACCGUCGCUCACGUUGGUGCCAAAUGGGCCACUGCUAUUAUAUCUGGAAUCGGCCUCCUGGUCUCAGCAGUUUUAUCGGUUUUCGGAAAUUCUGCAUCUGCUUCCAUUAUCUCUGCAAAUGCUGUGUCUUUGUUUUCAUUCUUCCAGAGCACAGUCAUCCUUUGCAUGUUGCACGUGCAAGAAGUUCCUCCAAUCGUUAGUGCCUGGGCAGAAAAUAUUGCAUGGUCCAUGGGAUUGAUCAGGGUGACCUUUAUGCAGCAAAUAUUCAGAUGGUAUGUUCAAGCAACGGGCGGAACUCCAACGCAAUAUUUGACUUCAUCUUCAAUUUCAGUUCUUGUUCAGAGAUCCCUGAACGAAAGUAAGAAACUUGCAACUAAAAUCAUUCCCUUUUAUUCGCUUGUGUCUUAUUUCAUGCCUUCAUUGGCACCAAGUCCCACAGACUAUUAUCAAGAUUUGGAAGCGAGGUCAAACGAUUUGUACAAUUUGCAAGGUGACCAGUAUCUCAAGAUAUUGAGAGGCGUGGAAAGAGUUGGUUACAAGGCAAACAUUGAGCCCACAUCCAUUGUUUGCACGGGAUUUACAUUUUUUGUUUUAUUCUUGUAUGUAUUGGUUGGAUUGUUCAUGAUUGCGAAAACAACUAUGUCGUUUGGAAGGAAAAGAGGCUGGUCCAGAACCAUUGAUCUGAGCAGAAACUGGAAGGUGAUUUUGAAGGGUAUUUUGCAAAGAUACAUUUAUAUCGGAUUUCCCCAACUUGUCAUUCUAUCUUUGUGGGAAUUCACCGUCGUCGAUUCAGCUGCAGUGGUUGUCCUUGCCGUCAUCUUUUUGCUUUUAUGCUUGGGAAUUAUGGGAUGGGUCUGCUACAGAACAUUGAUGUUUGGAGCUGUUUCUGUUGAAACCCACAAUAAUGCUGCUGCGAUUCUCUAUGGAAAUCCGGAUGUUCUCAAUAGGUACGGGUUCUUCUACACAAUGUUCGACGCGAAGAAAUUCUACUGGGGGGCUGUCUUUUUGACUUAUCUUUUUGUGAAAGCAUUAUUUGUUGCCCUUGCUCAGAAGUCUGGUAAAACGCAAGCUCUUGUUGUGUUUUUGUUAGAUUUGGCCUACACCAUCGCUUUGAUCAAAGUGAGGCCAUUUCUGGACAAAGCCACAAACAUUGUGAAUAUUUUGAUGAGCGUUGUUAACACCAUCAACUCGUUCUUUUUCUUAUUUUUUUCGGAGUUGUUUGGUCAACCGAGUGCCGUUGGAUCAAUUAUGGGAUUGAUUUUUUUCGUGCUGAACGCAGUGUUUUCAUUUUUGCUCCUCGUGUUGAUUAUCGUCUAUUCGUGCAUCGCGAUCUUUUCCAAAAAUCCCGAUGCUCGAUUUUCGCCAGCCAAAGACGACAGAACAUCUUUCCAAAAGAAGCAGAUUGGUGAUGACGUUCCUGAUGGCGCGCAGGAACUGUUUGAGCUCGGACAAGUUGCUAAAGACCAUCAAGAGAACUGGGCUAAUGAAAUGUACAAAUUAAAGGCCAUGGUGGAUUCCUCUGACAUGGGACAGUCCUCUGACAAGAAGUCGCAGAGCGAUCCAGACAAGCCGCUGGAACUCACACAGGAAGAGGAAGCUUCUUUUGGCGCUAAACUUAUGCACAAGCUCACCGGUGGUAAGUCUCUCCUUCGUCGCAACAAAUCCCAGAAAAACAGUGAUCAAAAGACAGAAUUGCCAGAAGCUCUCGACCAUCCACUACCAAAAUACACCUUGGAUCAGCAAAUUCCAACCCAUGCUAGAUCAGAAUCAAACACUCCAAUGAUGCACUCGGGGGCCGACGGCUUUCAUACUCCCGUCUCGACAUUUAUGCGUGAUGAGAGUUUCAAGAGUAUGUCAGACAUCGGUUCUGAAACUGGUAAUGAUGCUUCGACUCAACCAUUCGAUUCUACCGAAAACUACGUUGACGGAAAUCAGAAGAGAUCCAAAUACUCAUACUUAUGA